AGUAAGAACCCACCUAGGGACCAGACACAACAGAAAAAAACAGUGUCUCAGCUGACUAGGAAGGCGACGAAACAUUCAAUUGUGCUGUUAACUAUUGUUAACAUGGACCCAGAAGAGCGGGAGAUACGUCUGCAGGUAACGAAAGCUACGGAUCAUUAAAGACCACCACAUGAGUACAGUCUAGAUAUGUAUGUAUGUAUGUGCCAUAUAAAUUACAGUUUAAAUUUGUAUGUAUGCAUCUACCAUGUAAAGCAGAGUGUAAAUAUGUAUGUUUGUAUCUAUCAUAUAAAAUACAGUGUAAAUAUGUAUGUAUGUAUCUACUAUAUAAAGUACAGCGUAUAUAUGAAUGCAUUAUAUUGCAUCCUUCCGUCUUCGUGAGACGAUGGAGUAGCUUUGUACACUUCAACAAAUGGCUAGACAGGUCAAUCCUGGAAACGAAUCUCGGCCUCAUUUCCCGCAGAAGAAUCUUGACUCAUUGUUAGAUUUGGCCUUCCGUAUCGUUGUUUUUGUUGCCUUUGUGACGCCUUAAUACACUGCUGUUCGCAAGCUGGAACGUUGUUCGGCAAUGAGCUCCCAUUCGUUGAUUUCAAUGUUGGCUUCCCACAUGCUCCUUUACUAACGUCCUUAAAUAUCAGGCGUGGCCGUCCAACAAGUCUUGUCCCUUCCAAAUCUACAUAUACAGCAGCUUCUUUGCAAUACGGCCUUCCUCGAUUCUACUUACAUGGCCUAACCAGCGACGGCACCUUUGCUAAGAGCGGAGAAUAUGCUUCAAAUUUUGCACGAUCAUGUGGUCCACACUUCACUACAAUAUUGGAGCGUACUAAGCAUACAUGCCUGAUAAAUACUGGGUUUUUAUUUAUCAGUUAGAUAGAGAUUACUCCACACUCACUUAUUCAGUUUAGUCAUAAUUUCUGCUGCUUUUCCGAUCCUGAUGUUAACCUGUUCAUCAACGGAGAGAGAACGAGAAAUAUUGGAUCCAAGGUAUGUGAAAUGCACAAAAUCCGACAGAUUAUGGCAAUCAAUAUAUAUGAUUGGAGGGGAUGGUGCUUCUUGCAUCAUGACAUGUGUUUUCUGUUGACUAAUUGACAGUACAAACUCUUUACAGGCGUGUGAUAGAUGAUUACCUAGCCCCUGAAGACCCUCUUCUGUUUACGAUGUUAAGGCGGCAUCGUCAGCGAACAGCAGUUCACGAAUUAAUACCUUUUUUACCUUGGCCUUUGCACGAAGGCUGGCGAUAUUGAAAAGUCUACCAUUAUAUCUGGUUUGGAUGUACACUCCAUCUUCACAGCCCCUAAAGGCAAAUUGAAGGAGCAUCGAGAAGAAAUGGAGAAGAGCGUUUUUGCCAGUACACAGCCUUGUUUUACUCCGCUUCUUACUGGGAAUACCUCAGAGAACGCCCCAUUGAAGGUCACUGUACAUUCCAUGUUGCGAAGUGAAGUGGUUGAGUCUUGCCACUAUUUACUUUCCUUGCCUUAUAAAAAAACUCUGCUCCUCGUAAAGUGGCGUCACCAGUACAGCUACUUUGCGUGGUCGGUGUUUUAUCGAGACCAGCCAUUGCCCAAUGCAGCAGAUCCUGUAUUUUACACGCACCCAGUUGAUCCAAGGGAAUGAAAAUGUUCAAUACAACUUGGCAAAUUGACUGCGUCUCCAGAGUUGCCCAAAUAGUAUUGAUAUCGGCGUCCGAUCGAAUUCCGAACUCCAUCUCCGGAUUUUACAGUUUGGAUUUAAUGCCUUAUAUAUCUACCAUAAAAAUUACACUGUAAAUAUGUAUGUUUGUGUCCAUCAUAUAAUGUACAGUGUAAAUAUGUAUGUUUGUGUCCAUCAUAUAAUGUACAGUGUAAAUCUGUAUGUUUGUAUCCAUCACAUAAUGUACAGUGUAAAUCUGUAUGUACGUAAUUAUUGGUUUUAAUUGAAGACUGGAAAUAAAAAAAGAUGGUUUGCCACCAAAUGUUACAUGGGCAGGUAGCAGUAGUUUAUGUUAAGCACAUCUUGACAGGUAGCAGUAGUUUAUGUUAAGCACAUCUUGACAGGUAGCAGUAGUUUAUGUUAAGCACAUCUUGACAGGUAGCAGUAGUUUAUGUUAAGCACAUCUUGACUGGUAGCAGUAGUUUAUGUUAAGCACAUCUUGACUGGUAGCAGUAGUUUAUGUUAAGCACAUCUUGACAGGUAGCAGUAGUUUAUGUUAAGCACAUCUUGACAGGUAGCAGUAGUUUAUGUUAAGCACAUCUUGACAGGUAGCAGUAGUUUAUGUUAAGCACAUCUUGACAGGUAGCAGUAGUUUAUGUUAAGCACAUCUUGACAGGUAGCAGUAGUUUAUGUUAAGCACAUCUUGACAGGUAGCAGUAGUUUAUGUUAAGCACAUCUUGACAGGUAGCAGUAGUUUAUGUUAAGCACAUCUUGACAGGUAGCAGUAGUUUAUGUUAAGCACAUCUUGACAGGUAGCAGUAGUUUAUGUUAAGCACAUCUUGACAGGUAGCAGUAGUUUAUGUUAAGCACAUCUUGACAGGUAGCAGUAGUUUAUGUUAACCACAUCUUGACAGGUAGCUACUCGCCUAAAGAUUCCUCCUAAAACAUUUGGUCAAAAUCCCUUAACACCAAAGCCUGUAAUUUAAAAAAAAUAAAACAUAAAAAUAAUCGAAAUAGUUACUGAAGAUAUCGCCCAAAUAGUGCUACAAUCAAAUAUUUAUAUAAUGACUCCCCUAAUAGCUUUAUAUUCACAUAUCUGAAUAAAUAUUGUUUCGUCAAUCAACAGAGAGCCUUGUAGUCAACUAGUCGUCCGAAAAACCAUACACUUAAAAUGUCCUAUGAUAUUCCGAAAAAUUAUUGAACAUUUUAAAUAAAUUUGUAAUUCAUAAUAAUAAUACUUAAACUUUUUAAUAAAAUAAAAGGGUAUUUAUGUUAUUUUUUAGUAUUUACAUUGGUUUGAUUUCCGUAAAAUGAUAGAAAAUAACAAUGAUUGUUUUUAGGAAUCCGAACGUAUUUAAAUCUUUUCGGUUCUUUGGCGUUACGUCAGCAAAGCUCUUCCUUAUAUAUUUAAAGAAAGUCAUCUUGAUUGUUUCCUAAAUAUACAUUAUUCUGGCUUGCUAACUGUCGUAAUUUUGUAUUCUUUUUGACGAUAAAGUAUAUCAAUAAUCGCUUCAGCUACUUGCAUAAAAGUUGGAGUAAACGAUGUCGAGAUUUCGUCAGUAGCACCAAUAUGCUUUAUACCUUCCAUUAUUACCUGGUAAAACUGAACCAUAUCUUCUAGUAUUUAAAGGUCACAUCAAAAUAACAUUAUGUGAACAACAUACAGUAUGUAAAUGUUGAUUAACUGUUGAUUCUUACUAUCAUGUUAAGGCCCGACAGUUAUGUGAGUUGUUUCGUGGUCGAUUUAAGCAGGACGAGAUGAUUAUGGUGAUUCGAGAAUUUGGAGGACAGUGUCCAGCUUUGGACUUCUUAUUGAAUGGUAAGCCUGAAUGUCAAUAACUUAUAUUAUCAUAUGGAUGGUUAGAAUAGUCUUAAGUUAAAUGAUCAAUAAUGAAUCGCAUUAGAGGCAUACAAAAUAUCAUUCUUCUGAACAUUCUUUUCUAUUUACCGAAUUUUAUUAUUUGAUGGACUGCAUUCAAAUUAUUUGUGAAUGAAAUAUGAGAACAAAGGUAUGUUAGACGUGAAUUAAUAGACAGGAAAACAAGAUUUGGACGCUUGCCCCUCUUUUCCGGAUUCCAGUGGAGCUGGUCGUUGCUAAUUAGCUUACGCUACUGUUUUGGAUGAAUAAAUAUGAUUGUAAGCUAAUGAAAAUAGGCGUAUUAUUUCUUUCAUGAAUUUUUAAAAAAAUAUAUAGAAUUAAAUUGAAAUUUGUAAACAACUAAUAAUUCUUGAUGUAAUGAAUUAAUCAGAUAAGUUGGCUUACUGCAAGUUAGAGCAGUUCUGGUGCCCAGCCUGGUCGGUUUUACAAACGGGCCAAUUUGUACAAGUGGCUCCCGGACACGUGGGGAGUUUCACGAGCCAGGCUAAUCCGCGUCCAUUGCUUAUCAAUGGGGGGGGGGGGUCCUUGAUCCUGGUUUUAAAUUAAGGGUUACGAAUACGUUCGGACCGGGGUCCUGGACGCUGCUCUUCGUGAGCGGCCGUGCAAGAGCGUCCUGCUCAGUCACGCUUCAGCAGAUAUUAAUGUCGGUGCAAGUUAGAGUAGGUCUGGUGCUAGAUAGAGUAAGCUUUAUAUAAGCUAGAGUAGGCAUUGUGCAAGCUAAAGUAGGCCUGAUGCAAGCUAGAGUUUGCAUGGUGCAAGCUAUAGUCGGUCUGGUGCAAGUGAGAGUAGGCUUGGUUAUAAGCUAUGAUGCAAAGCUUUAUUUAUGAAGUCAAUUUCAAAAUCAACUUAUGGUAUACUUUAGUUUCUUAAUAUAUUUUUGUUACUAAAUUAUAUUGUCUCUACUUAUAAUGUUCCAGGGGACCCUAAAGACGUGAGUUGUUUUAUGAAAAAGGUCAGCUCAGUUUUAUUUCCAUUUUAAAUUAUGAUUGCAAUUAAAAAUCUAAUGAAUUUAUACAAUAAUUAAAUUUUAAAUCAAUCUUUAUGUCCUAUACGUAAAGAUAAAGGUACUUAGAAACUUUCAUUUUGUGUGAGUUUUUUCCAUUAGAAACACAGCUUUGAAAAUUCAAAUUGCAUCUCUGAACUAUUUAAUUGAAGAAAAUAACGCAAACUGUAAGACUGAGUCCAUGAAAUCCACUGUAUAUUGUACAUUUAAAUGUAUACUUUUUAAACGUUUUCUUUCUUUGUACCGAUAAAGGCAUUUGCCAAAACGUUUACAUUUGUAUUUUGUAAAAUCAUCUUUACAGCUGAACACGUAUUGUUUUUUUGACACGAAUUGUUUGUCUAAUUAUUCUACUUUAAAGAAUUAUCGCAGCCCAGCACUCUUAUAUUGUACAGAUAUUCUUAAAAGCAAAAUUUCAAUGUGAGAAAAGUGGAGUAGAGAGUGUGGAGAUUUUUGGAGCCUACUUUGCACUUUAAAUUAUAGCCAAUAAAUCGCUUCAUAAAAUCAUCCACUGCAGCUCAAUUGUCGAUAUCAACCUCUGUAUUUCAUGAUAUGUAAAUAUGAUUGUAAUUAUUACGUUAGUUGGUCACGUCUUUACUGUAUCCAAAUAAAACUUACGAUUUCGAAUUUGAACAAGACAAUGUUUAUAUGCUCAAAAACAUAUUUUACUAAGAGAUGAUAAGGUUGAUAUCACUAUAAAAAAUUUCACUAAGAGAUGGAAAUGUUGAUACAUAAAAAAUGUUAUUUCACAGAGUACAAGCUACGUGUCUAGGUUGCAAGAGGAGUCCAGGAAGCUGUGCAGGUACCUCGAAGAAGCGAUAACCAUUGAGUCAAGCGAGCGUCAAUUUGCCUGUAAAACCUGUACCAGAUGUUGGUGGAAACGUGUCCCGAUCAGAAAAGAGGUCUUAUAUGGAAAUGUUAUUCUUUCUCAUUAUUUUACUAGAAAAUUUUAGUGCGUCAAGCAUUAUUUACUUUUUUAAAAGUAGUCCAGAAUUAGUUUAACAAAUAGGACAACUAUAGAAAAAAAAACUAAAUAAUGAUGCAUUUUAAAGAAAUGUUCUUACUGAGUGUCGAGAGAUGACAUGAUUCUUGCAGGUCAAUAAGUGUGUGAAGUGUAAAGUUAAGUACAACCCUGUACCAAGAGAUAAAGAGUGGGGAUAUGGCCAGUUUUAUUGUUUGGGAGACAAUUGUGGCAGGGAAUACAAGUAAGUCUUGAACUAUAAAACACUUUAAAAUUAUUCCAUAGCUGCUUUUCGCUUAACAUCAUUGAACAUUUUUAAGACAUUUGGGGUGGACUAAAUUGAUAAUUAAUAGAGUUUCCCAUUUGGUAAAUUUUGCUAGGGCCAGUGUAAAGUGGAGAAGGUGGGGAAAGGUUGUGUUUCAGGGAAACGAGGUAGGAAAAAAAGGUAUGGGGUGGAGGGAAAAGGGCUAAGAUUAUGCACGAGGGAGUAAUGGUGGGGUAUGGAAGAGCGUUGAAGUUUGAUGAAAGGGUGUCAAACUGGUGGAAUAAUAAAUCAAGUGAAAAAAGACAUGGGGUGACGGGUAGACUAGCAGACACAGAAUUCUUCUCAAAAUAUCCUUUUUUUUCAAUAGAACUCCUGUGCAAAGGUGCUUGCCUUUGUGUGGUGCUACUGGACUAGUAAGGGUAGUGGUGGAUGGGACUCGUUAGCCUUAGACGGCCACUCAUCUAAGAGUAGGCAAACUCUGAAUUUAAACAAGGAGCCAAAUAAUUAAUAGAUUUAUCGUGGGCCCUCAAAUAUGAAAAAAAGGCUUAAUGAAGUUGGCCACAGCUUAAAGCGAAAGAAGCUGGCGCGUCCUGUCGAAGAUCGAAAGACUCUAUAAACGAGGGACUCAGGCAACGCCAAACUUGCGCCCUAAUUGGUGGAAGCGGAAUACUCAGACUCUGUGGCACAAUGGCAAGUACGAUUAGACUUACUGACGUGGAGCUGGCAUCUCAGCCUCCGCCCCUUUUCAUUUGUGUCUGGGAACCGUCUAACGGAGAAAACGGUCACUGUUCCCGUUUUGGGAAGUUGAUCCACUCGUACGCCGACGUGGGGAGACAGGUUGAUCGACUCGUACGCCGACGUGGGGAGACAGGUUGAUCCACUCGUACGCCGACGUGGGAAGACAGGUUGAUCCACUCGUACGCCGACGUGGGGAGACAGGUUGAUCCACUCGUACGCCGACGUGGGGAGACAGGUUGAUCCACUCGUACGCCGACGUGGGGAGGCAGGUUGAUCCACUCGUACGCCGUCGUGGGGAGCCACGUUGAUCCACUCGUACGCCGACGUGGGGAGACAGGUUGAUCCACUCGUACGCCGACGUGGGGAGACAGGUUGAUCCACUCGUACGCCGACGUGGGAAGACAGGUUGAUCCACUCGUACGCCGACGUGGGGAGACAGGUUGAUCCACUCGUACGCCGACGUGGGGAGACAGGUUGAUCCACUCGUACGCCGACGUGGGGAGACAGGUUGAUCCACUCGUACGCCGACGUGGGGAGACAGGUUGAUCCACUCGUACGCCGACGUGGGGAGACAGGUUGAUCCGAGACGCAGAAGCUACUGGACCAAGUACGUGGCGCCAAGAGUCACCCCUCUCCUCAAAUCUAACAGUUGUACAUUUGAAUGUCUGUGAUAUCAGGCAGGAGAGAGGGAUAUUUAGCAAGCUACUCCACGAGUUACAUAUGGACGUGACACUUUUCCAGGAAACUCUGUUUAACGGGAAUCUGUUUCAAAUAAAAGGCUGCUUUCUUUCACACUGCAUAUGGGGGCAGUGUAGCGCCCUGACCACAGCAGUCAAAAUGAAAGCCGUGGAACAGACAGUAAACGCGAGGAUGAAUUGGGUAUUGGACAGAACUAAAAACAUUCUUACAAACCAAACAGCCAGUGUACCAAAUACUAUAUGCUAUCCAAACCAUCACCAAUUAACCAUAGAUGAAAUAUCAUACUUGGACCGUAUUUUUCGAGCUGCAACAAGCAUACGACAAUGUCUAGAGCAGUAGUGUACAACCAACGGUCAGAGUGCUGAUUUUAAAUAGCCCGUCACAGCUUGAGAAAUGUUUAAGAUGUGUGUAUAAAUUAAAACAUUAUAGGGUAAACAUAUUUUCAAAGCACAUUCAUUGAUUUAAUAUUGUUGGAAAAUCAAUUGAGAGCAUAUGAGAAGUUGAAUUAGUAACAUGGAAGAUGGGGAGGUCACGAAAGCUAAAGAUUCGAAUGGUUUGACAGGUAGCAGUAGUUUAUGUUAAGCGCAUCAGCAUAACAAUCUUUUGGGAAGCGGAGUGAUGUAUAAAGGGAUACAAUUUUCUUCGCUCUGUUGCUAGUACAUGGGAGGCGUAGCGGGAUGGCGGAUAUGGUUACUGGCGGGAAAAUGAAUAAGGGAACCAAAAGUAACUUGAUGUGUAGCUAUCUGGUCAAUGUGAAAAUGUGCGUGCCAUUAUGAACGGGACAAAGUUAGAUGAAAGAGAUAGGUGAGCAUAGCGAGUUAACUGCCAGGAAAGUCUUCGGGUCAAAGUUAUCGAGAUUAUAGCUGCACUACUAAAGGUGUCACAAAAGAAUGACUACGUUGGGCAGUGUGAACCCAUUAUGAUACGUUGUUAUUUAAACAUGGAGUCUAGCCAGGUAUGGAAGAAUGUGUCUCCGCCCUAUAAAAUUGUACCUGGUAUUCAGGUAUCUGAGGAUGAGACGUUCAAGGAGUAGAAAUCUAAGCUUUGAUUGUUUGUAGUGAGUGCAAUUGAGACAGGAGGUAAUUGUGUAGGACAGUAGGAAGUUUCUUGAAAGUAUUUAAGAAAAAAAAUAAGCAAAUAAAACAAUGCGUGGCCAAAUCAAUUCUGGAUGACGUCAUGUUUCUUCUGAUGAAUUUAUACAGCUAUGGAAAUAUUCUAACAAAAUUUUAAUAGUUAAAAAGGUUUGAAAGCAUUAGUAUAGAGUGUAUAGGGUAGGUUUGGUGAAAAAAAUUCAGCAGCUAGAUGUCGCUGCCAACAUUCAAAGGUGACUACUACAUGUAUUUUUAUCAGAAUGCACGAUAUCCACGAGAGUCCGGGACACGGUUUCAGAUAUGUGUAUCCUCGAGGAUGGACUCCCACAGGGAUACGCCUUUAGCUGCCACUUAUCCUGAUGUACGCACACGACCUAUAUCCUGAUGUACGUACACGACCUAUAUCCUGAUGUACGUACACGACCUAUAUCCUGAUGUACGUACACGACCUAUAUCCUGAUGUACGUACACGACCUAUAUCCUGAUGUACGUACACGACCUAUAUCCUGGCAGAUGGAAACUGUACCACAAGACCUCAAGGAUGCCUCAAUCAUCCACCUGUACAAACACAAAGGUAACCGCCAGACAUGCGACAAUCACCGCGGAAUUUCACUACUGUCCAUUGCAGGCAACAUCUUGGCCCGAGCCCUUCUGAACCGCCUGAAUGCACAUCUGGAGCUAGGUCUCCUACCCGAAAGUCAAUGCGGUUUCCGCAAAAAACGCGGAACCAUCGAUAUGGUGUUUGCUGCUAGACAGCUUCAAGAGAAAUGCCAGGAACAAAAUACAGACCUAUAUACUACAUUUAUCGACUUGAAUAAGGCCUUUGACAGGGUCAAUAGAGCUGGCUUGUGGAAAAUCAUGAAGAAAUACGGAUGCCCAGACAAGUUCACAAACAUCAUCCGUCAGCUGCAUGAUGGUAUGAUGGCCCGAGUACAGGACAACGGUCAAUCAUCUCCAGCAUUCCCCGUCACAAACGGUGUAAAACAGGGUUGUGUUCUUGCUCCCACACUCUUCAGUAUUAUGUAUUCCGCAAUGCUGUCUGAUGCGUUCAAGGACUCCACCAUGGGCUUGCCAAUCCGGUUUCGUACUGAUGGAUCAGUAUUUAACCUUAGGAGGCUUCAAGCUAAAACCAAGGUCAAACAUACCACGAUCAACGAGCUUCUGUUUGCAGACGAUUGUGCCCUUAAUGCCGUCAUGCAACACAGUGUUGAUAUCUUCUCAGAGGCCUGCAAUAACUUUGGCCUAACAAUCAACACAAAGAAGACUGAGGUGAUUUAUCCGCCAGCUCCCAGUAAGCCCUACGUUGAACCCAACAUCAUCAUCAAUGGACAGCGUCUCAACCCGGUGGAUAAAUUUACUUACUUGGGCAGCACCCUCUCUAGAUCUGUCGUCAUGGAUGAUGAAAUGAAUGGCAAACUCGCAAAAGCUAGUGCCCUAUUUGGCAGGCUCCGCAGCCCUGUUUGGGACAGGAGAGGUAUCAGUCGUGAAACAAAGCUCAAGGUCUAUAGCGCAUCAGUCCUCCCGACACUGCUUUAUGGAUGUGAAACGUUGACUGUCUACCAGCGUCACGCCAAGAAACUGAAUCAUUUUCACAUCACCUGCCUCAGGAAACUCCUCGACAUCAGGUGGCAAGACAAAGUCCCCGACACCGAGGUCCUCGCUAGAGCGAACCUACCUAGUAUCUUCACCACUCUGAUGCAGUCUCAGCUCCGUUGGACACGUAGCCCGUAUGGCAGACCACCGGCUCCCGAAACAAAUAUUCUUUGGAGAACCCACGAUAGGCAAGCGCUCCCAAGGAGGCCAAAGAAAUCGUUACAAAGAUUCACUGAAAGUGGCACUAAAGGCCUUCAGCAUAAACACUACUCAAUGGGUGCAGACAGCCCAGGACAGAGCCAGAUGGAGAGCUGCUGUCAAGAAGGGGGCUAAAUUCCAUGAAGCUAAGAGAAUAACCACAGCUGAGACACGCAGGCUUGUCCGAAAGAGCAACAUUAGGUCAUCGUCUGAAGCAACUAUUCCAUGCCCACGGGGUCAUAGAUUAUUCCGAGCAAGGAUCGGUCUAACAAGCCACCUAAGAGCUCACCGUAAUCCCAACCCCCCGCCCGCCCCUAACCGGAUGAUUCGAUGGUCCUUGUCGACUUCGACGGACGAACAACAAUAUCCUGAUGUACGUACACGACCUAUAUCCUGAUGUACGUACACGACCUAUAUCCUGAUGUACGUACACGACCUAUAUCCUGAUGUACGUACACGACCUAUAUCCUGAUGUACGUACACGACCUAUAUCCUGAUGUACGUACAUGACCUAUAUCCUGAUGUACGUACACGACCUAUAUCCUGAUGUACGUCAAAGACCUACAGUAAACAUUUGUUAAGUCUGGUAAACUGGUAAUUCUGGUGCUCUUGCAAACACAUUCAGCAACUGCAGAGCCGGCUGCAGGACGACCUCAAGCGAACAGAAACCUUUGCUGACAAGUUGAAAAUGGUGGUAAAUGAAGAGAAGACUGUAAAGUCUUUGUGUAAUAGUGGGGGCAGUGCCCAUGAAGAAGAAAUAACUCUUUAUGUCUCCGGGAAAAAGCCCAGGUGUGACCAGACACCUAAAUGUAUGUGAAGUUUGAAAUGAAACCACACAGCGUUAGGAGGGUCAAAGCAAUCCUAGCGACGGUGAAAAGAUACUGGCGCAUGGAGGCAACGGAAAGAUACCGGCGCAUGGAGGCAACGGAAAGAUACCGGCGCAUGGAGGCAACGGAAAGAUACCGGCGCAUGGAGGCAACGGAAAGAUACUGGCGCAUGGAGGCAACGGAAAGAUACUGGCGCAUGGAGGCAACGGAAAGAUACUGGCGCAUGGAGGCAACGGAAAGAUACCGGCGCAUGGAGGCAACUCCCACUUUCAGCUACAAGACAGGUGGGUAAAGAAGACAAGGUUAAAAAGAUCCUCCUUUAUGAAUGCGGUUCACUUACAACAGAGAAAGCACGUGGCACUGCCCCAAAAUGAAACAGCUGACUUUCUAGUGAGGCACUAUACUACCCUGCCAUUAGAAAAACCGAGAUCUGGUUCAAGAAGAACGGUUACAAAACUGGGGGAAAGUGGACAUAGCCCGUAAACUUUACCGGAACAUGUCGUACCCAAACAGGAAAGUGGUUUAAUGGUGCAAAUUAAAACGUGAACACCAGAGCCUCAUCACCCAGACGAGAACAGAACACAGUCCUACUCGAAGCUACUUGGACAGAUUACAUCCUCUUCUGGACCUGAGCUGCCGUCAUUGCGUCGUAACGAUUCUUCAACAAUUUGAUUUUAACAUCGCUUUUAUUUUAAAUUUUAUAUUCAAUUUAUUUGAAUAUGGUCUUUAUUUCAAUUAUUUUAUACUUUUAAAAAGAAAACAGAUUUAUAACGUGAAAAUAAUAAUAUAUUUCAUAUUUCAUUUCUUGCAAAAAAAGUACUGUUAAAUUAAAACCAUCAUAGAAAGAAAAAAAACCCGCCUUUACUCUCCCCAGAGGGUAUGCUGUGAUGGGGAUGACAGAGAGCAUGUGCAAAAGAUGUGGCUUUUAUUCACCCGUUGAUCAUAUCAUACCACCACGGAGGGAAACGAAGGAGACCAGCAGACGAUCUAAGGGUGAACACAGCUGUAACGGAAUCAACUGCUACAACCGGUAG